GCCCGGAGUGCUGGAAUGUUCCUCGGUGUGGAUAAUGAAGCAAUCCAGCUCACAGGCCAGCAUGGCAGCGCUGGGGCGCAGGGCAGAGCGGCAUUGAGACUCGGGGAGGCUGAGAUCCCCGGGCGCCGGGGCCUGUCCUCACGCGCGCGUCCGUCUGUCCGUCCUUCCCCGCAGGCGGAGGGCGAUGUGGCGGCGCUGAACCGGCGCGUGCAGCUGGUGGAGGAGGAGCUGGACCGCGCGCAGGAGCGGCUGGCCUCGGCCCUGCAGAAGCUGGAGGAGGCCGAGAAGGCAGCCGACGAGAGCGAGAGAGGCAUGAAGGUCAUCGAGAACCGCGCCAUGAAGGACGAGGAGAAGAUGGAGAUCCAGGAGAUGCAGCUGAAGGAGGCCAAACACAUCGCCGAGGAGGCCGACCGCAAGUACGAGGAGGUGGCGCGCAAGCUGGUCAUCCUGGAGGGCGAGCUGGAGCGAGCGGAGGAGCGCGCAGAGGUGUCGGAGCUGAAGUGCGGGGACCUGGAGGAGGAGCUCAAGAACGUCACCAACAACCUCAAGUCCCUGGAGGCCGCAUCCGAGAAGUAUUCUGAAAAGGAGGAUAAAUAUGAGGAAGAAAUCAAACUCCUGUCUGACAAACUGAAGGAGGCCGAGACCCGGGCAGAGUUUGCAGAACGAACGGUGGCCAAACUGGAGAAGACCAUUGACGACCUGGAAGAGAAACUAGCGCAGGCCAAAGAAGAGAACGUGGGUUUGCACCAAACACUGGACCAGACGCUCAAUGAACUCAACUGUAUUUAAGGAAUCCUGGAGUCCAGCGGGCUCAGCGUGAGACUGGGAGCGGAUGCUGAGUUCCUGGCCACGCAUUUUGUAUCAGACAAGCUUUGCGCACGCACCGCAGUCCAGCGCCCCCCUCGCUUCCCGGAGCACCGCUUCUUUCUAGCCCUUUCUAUACGCGCUACCUUUCUUCCUUAGGCAGGGUCGGUUGAUUGUUCUCUUCAGGCUGGAUUGGGAAAUGGUGGAAUAGGACGCGC